AUGUCAUCAAUAACAAAUGUUGAAGAAACAACAAUAACAUCACCACCAUAUCAACCAUCUCUACCAUUUAGACAACCUACAAAGUUGGGAAAGAAGGUUGUUAUGUUCCCAGUAAAGUCGGGAAACAAUACAUAUCAGUUGGAAGGCUUCUUAUCAUCUGUAGAGCCAUCACAUAACAGUAAUAUCAGUCCAGAGGGUGUAGAGUCGCCCCUGUCCGACAUUGGCAUCGUAAUCACACAUCCACAUCCAAUGCUUGGCGGAAACUACCAGAACAACGUAGUGCUGGGCGUUGCCAGCUACCUCACCAAUCACAUGCAUCUGCCAACACUGUGUUUCAACUUUAGAGGCGUGGGCAAGAGUGAGGGCAGGGGCAGCUGGCGCGGCUCGUACGAGCAGGAGGACACACUGGCCGCAGUGCGCUACCUAAUCAACGAGGCACCACUUCAGCGUCGACCAAAGCGAGUCAUCAUUAUUGGAUACUCAUAUGGUUCUGUCAUUGGCGCAUCAGUUGCAGAUAUGGAUGAUGCCAUCAUGGCCUACGCAGCAAUCUCCUAUCCAUUCGGACCACUCACUCUCAUGCUUCUCGGUCACCUGCUCGAUGCGGCCAAGUCCAAGAAGCCCAAAUUCUUUGUCAUUGGCGAUCGUGAUGACUUUACAGGACUGGCAAGGUUCAGAGCAAGGAUUGAGGAGUUCCCCGACCCUCUAGAGUCAAGGAUCUUUGUUAAUGUGGAUCAUUUCUAUGGAGGAGCUGAGAAGCAGCUGGCGAAGGAGCUGUCUGGCUGGAUCAACUCGUUGGUGUUCCCAACACCAACGCCAGUCUCAUUGGAUUCAAAUAACGAGGAACAGAAGCAACAACAAUCAUGA